AUGGAUGAUGAACCUUACCAAAUGAAUGAAGUGAUUGCAGAAAAAUUGACACCUGAAAAACUAAAUGAAUACAAUGCAAAACGUAAAAAACUUAAAGGGGAUAUUACCCGUAUUCCAGAUGCUGAAUUGAAAAUUAAUGAUGUUGCAAAGAAUUUCAAAAUAAACAAUUUUAGUUCAUUAAAAGAAUUAGCAAAAGAUAUUGGCACCGAAAAUUGGGAUCAAUUACAAGAUCUGAUUUUGUUUGCAAAAGGUAAAGAAAAUAGCAAGAUUAAAAUAAAGAGAAUGUAUUCUGAAUAUCCUUUUAAAGGAUCAAAAUUUAGGAGAGACAGACUUCCAGCAAUUACUGAUGAAAUAGAGAACAACGUACUCUCAAUUCCAGGCCUUGAGGAACUUGCUCGACAAAUUAGAGAACAGCAAGCCAAUCAAAACCAAAAUAAUAACGAGAAUCAGAAUCAGGAAAUUGAUCAAAAUCAGAAUCAGGAAAUUGAUCAAAAUCAGAACCAGGAAAUUGAUCAAAAUCAGAACCAGGAAAUUGAUCAAAAUCAGAAUCAGGAAAUUGAUCAAAAUCAGAAUCAGGAAAUUGAACAGAGUGAACACAGUGGCGUAGUUCAAAGCCAAAUCGGACGGUUUCCUUAUCAAAGAUUUGAUCCACAAUUUGCUAAUUUUUAUUUUCAAAAAUGCUUUGCUGAAUUAUUGCAUUUGCGGGAAUGUCAGCAGCAGAUUCCAAACUACACAGAAUCACUAAUUUCUCACUAUAAUAAUUUGGUAUCACAAUUAUUGCCAAAUCUUCAAUUUUUCAGAGCUUCUUUAGAAAAUUCUUUGAUUUUCACGGUACCAAAAGCUUUUAAAUUCCUUGCUGAAUCAACAUGUCAGUUCCUUAUUUAUUAUUCAAAUUAUAUUCACUUUUUAAGACCAAUUCUUUAUAAGAUUCAGGCAUCUGCAAAUAGCUAUUAUAAUACCGCAUAUAGUUUGGUAAUAAAUAAUUUUUCCGCAAAAUUAAUAAAUACUUUACAAGAUAUGUUGGGUUCAAUUGAUUGGAAAUAUCAAAAGUUAUCGAGAUUGGUUUACGGCAUAAAUAAUAUGAUGAUUACUAAUCAAAACUUCGGUGUUGUAAUACCAGAAAUACAAAGACAGGCAUUGAAAUUGGAAGAAAUCACAAAUGCUGUUUAUUAUCAAUUAGAAUUUUUUAAAACUUUUUCGACCGGAAUUUUAGCUAUUAUUCAAUAUUUCGACAUGGAAGUCAGGAAUUCUUACAAUAAUAUGGAAAGUAAUUCUCAAGUUGGCGUGACCAUUUCCCCACAAAGAACACUGCAUUCAGCAUGGACACCUCAGCGAGGAAUUCAUCAAUGGAAUGCCAAUAAGUAG